GCGGGUUUUCAAUGCUCUGCGCUCUAGCGGCUGCAAAACAAAAUGUGUAUGCCUUGUCAUAUUUACGGUUGCAGUAAUCUUAGUCCUUGGUGUGUUGUUUUGACCUCAUUAUUGGACUGUGUUUGGAAGGACAUAAACGUAAAUGUCAUUCUCACUUUUAUAGUAUGUCUUACACUGCGCCUUCUACAAUUUGGAUGCUUACGCCACAUGUAGGAAUCCCGUCUGCGUUAGACUACAUCUUCAGCCGUUACACUGUGGGAGAUCAGCUGGGCAAAGGUGGAUUUGGGGUGGUGUAUGAAGGAACGCGUCUGGAGGAUAAUAUUAAAGUGGCUUUGAAAUACGUCACAAAGACGGAGCAAAUGGAAUGUGUAUUCCUUCCUGAUCAUGCAGAGCCUCUUCCAAAAGAGAUCGCCUCACCAUCAUGGCGAAUAAAGGUCGAAGAGUGCCAGAGAUCAUCCGGCUGCUGGAGUGGAGGGACCACCCUGACCACUUCGUCAUGGCGCCACGGUGGAAGCCUGGACGAGGAGAAAGCGCGGCAGAUCAUGUGGCAGGCGACUAACGCCGCACACAUGUGCUGCCUCCGAAAGGUGUUCCACCGUGACGUCAAACUGGAGAACCUUCUCAUCAACAGGAGACAUCCGAAGUCAGGCUGA